UGUGUGUAUGAGUGUGUGUGUCUGUGUGUGUGUUUAAAAAGACCAGAGGAGUGUGUGUUUUGUGGCCUUACAGGACAGUGGACUGAUAAAUCUCAGAGGAUGCAUCGGCUUACAGUGGUGACCUUGGUGCUGGUGGCUCUGUGCUCCGUGGGGAGCGUGGAUUCUUCGGCGUACGACAAGAUUGUCACCCACAGCCGCAUACGAGCCCGGAAGGAAGGGCCCAAUGUGUGCGCUCUGCAGCAGGUCCAGGGGUCCAACAAGAAGUACUUCAGCACAUGUAGGAACUGGUACAAAGGAGCCAUCUGUGGCAAGAAGGCGAAAGUCCUCUAUGAGUGCUGUCCUGGGUACAUGAAGCUGGAUGGCAUGAAAGGAUGCCCUGCAGUGGCUCCCAUUGACCAUGUGUACGGUACUCUGGGACUCGUGAAAGCUACGACCACUCAGCAGUACGCUGACAUGUCCAAGCUUAGAGAGGAAAUUGAAGGCAGAGGCUCCUUCACCAUGUUCGCACCCAGCAAUGAAGCCUGGGAUCAGCUUGCACCUGAAAUGCGUUCAGCACUGGUGAGCAACGUGAACAUCGAGCUGUACAACGCUCUUCACUUCCACAUGGUGAACCGCCGAUUUUUAACCAAAGACCUGAAGAACGACAUGACACUCAUCUCCAUGUACAACGACCUGGGGCUCUACAUCAACCACUACCCAAAUGGAGUUGUGACGGUAAACUGUGCCAGGAUCAUCCAUGGUAACCAGAUUGCAACCAACGGUGUGGUGCACGUCAUUGAUCGGGUUAUUGGCUUUGUCAGUAACACCAUCAAGGGCGUUCUGGAUGUGGACGAUGACCUCUCCUCUUUCAGUGCUGCACUGUUGGCAUCUGGUAUGAUGGACAAGCUGGACCAGCCAGGACACUACACUCUGUUUGCCCCGACUGAUGAGGCCUUUGCAAAGCUGGCCCCGGGCCACCUGGAGAGAAUCAUGGGCAACAAGGCUGUUAUUGCAGCCCUGGUGAACUACCACCUGAUCAACAGCGUCCAGUGCUCUGAGGCAAUCAUGAGCGGGUCAAUAUACGAGACGGCAGAGGGCAGCACCAUCGAGAUCGGCUGUGAUGGUGACAGUCUGACUGUUAAUGGCAUCAAGAUGGUGCUGAAGAAGGACAUCGUCACCACCAAUGGCGUCAUCCAUCUCAUCGAUGACGUGCUCAUCCCUGAUUCAGCCAAGGAAGUGCAGGAGCUCUUGGGAGAAUCUCAGAGCACUUUCGGUGGACUUGUGACUGAUUUGGGCUUAGCUUCCGCCUUGGGUGCAAAGACUGAGUACACGCUCCUUGCUCCUCUCAACACUGCAUUCACAAAGGAGAUGCUGAAACCAGACCGGCGGCUGAUAUCUAUUUUGGAAAACCACAUGCUGAAGCUGAAAGUCACACUGAGUGAGCUCUACAACGGACAGCUGCUGGAAACACUGGCUGGCAAGCUGCUCCGAGUCUUCAUUUACCGCACUGCUGUGUGUGUAGAAAAUGCAUGUAUGACACGUGGUGGGAAAGAAGGAAGUAAUGGUGCGCUACAUGUGAUGAAGUCUAUCAUCAAACCUGCUGAGAAAACCAUGUAUGAGCUUCUGGUCGCUGAUGGACGCUUCAAAAUUUUCCUGGCACUGAUGGAGACAGCAGAUCUGACUGAUCUGAUGAAGCAGGAGGGCUCCUACACCAUCUUUGCACCCACUGACGAUGCUUUUGACGGCCUCAGCAAAGAAGACAUGGCUCUGCUCAAAAGUGAUCUGAACGCUCUGAGGGUCAUUCUGUUGUACCACUUCAGUAACGGCGUCUUUAUCAAUGGAGGAUUGGAGGGAGGAGUCACCAAUCUGCUGAAAACCCUGCAGGGCAACAAUCUGCAAGUUAUGUCAGUAAACAACUCCAUCCACGUCAACUCUGUGGGUGUUCCAGACAGCGACCUGAUGGCUACGAAUGGUGUGAUCCAUGUAGUGAAGAAUGUUCUCUAUCCUGCGGACCUUCCUGUGGGCCGCCAGGACAUCCUGGUUCUCCUGAAGAAGCUGAUUAAGUACAUCCAGAUUAAGUUUGUUUCCGGGUAUUCUUAUUCUGAGAUCCCACUCACCUUUAUCAAGAGGACCAUCACUACUUAUGUGGAAACAGUCCCCGAUACAGCAAAGGUGGUCAGAGUCAUCCCAGGAAAACCAUCAACGACCCACAAGGUCACACGAGUGAUUGAGACUGAACCAGCAGUGAACAAGGUCGUUGUGACGGGGGAUUCGGUGAUCACCAAAGUUACAAGAGUGAUCGAGACUGAACCAACGGGGACUAAGCUGGUCGUGGAUGGAGAACCGGUGGUCACUAAAGUAACCAGGAUCGUGGAGGGAGAUCCAACCUACACCAAAGUUACCCGGGUCAUGACGGGAGAUCCGGGCUUCACCAAAGUAACCGGGGCCGUGGAGGGAGACCCGACCUUCACCAAAGUUACCCGGGUCGUGACGGGAGAUCCGGGCUUCACCAAAGUUACCCGGGUCGUCGCGGGAGAUCCGACCUACACCAAAGUUACCAGGGUCAUCGAGGGCGAGGCUUCACAAACUUCAGUUACCAGGGUCAUCGAGGGCGAGGCUUCACAAACUUCAGUAACCAGAGUCAUUGAUGGAAAGCCCUCUAUUACUAAAGUUACAAGAGUCAUCGAUGGUGGAAGUGGAAAUGCAAAUGCGGAUGGAAAGAGAGGCUCAGGUGGAACCAGAAUCACCGCAGGGAAUCAGCCUCAGAUCAUUGAGGUGCCGGACUUCACAGGGAUCACCACCAUCCAUGGAAACCCAAAUCUGAUCGAAGAGGAAUCAGAGAGAAUCAGCAAAAUCAUUAAAGAGGGAGGUAAAUUUGCUGCUGCCAGGAAAGCUCCAGCUGGAAUGAGAAGGAGAGCAAGGCUGGUCAGGCGCCACCACAGGCCAAGGCAGAUUAACCAACAGUGAGAAAACACCUUCGGGCUCACCGCAGAGACUGAAUGCAGCUCCAGUGCUCCUGGUCGAGCGCUGGAGGAUUGAAAAACUGUGGACUGAUAAAAGGCGAUCAAAUCAAUCUGGCUAUUUCUCGUUCUGAACCAAACAAUAAGACUGUUUACUGUUGCAUCUGGAAUACGUUGUUUGUGAUAGGCAUGGUGUGUUAUAGUACUGCAAUGAUAUUAGAAAAACUUCAUAUGUAAGUAACGUAGGUCUGCAAAGGGAAAUCUGACAUUUUUUCAUGGGGCAGAUGGUGUGAGAUAUAUUUUACCAACUCUUUUGUAGAAUGUGUGCUUUUCUUUGUUAACUGAUGGAUCUGGAGGGUUUUUGUAUGCUUUCUUAUGGUGCUCACAUUCUGUGUGAUGGAUGCAUUUUCAUGAUUAUGACAAAUGAUACAGUGUCAUUGUUUUGCUACCAUCUGAUGCUGUACUGAAUCUUUGUAAAUAAUGUCAUGGUAAUUAAAAAGACAGUGAAUUUUUA